AAUAGGAAAGGCGAAUGUCAUAUAAAGUUCGUUGCUGUCAUUACAGUAAGGAAAACUCUUCAUUUAAGACUUGCAAAUUUGUUGCUGAAAGUGUGUUGAACUAUGUUCGUCGUUUGUUAGCUCUACGAAUGCUAAUUCAAUUAAAUUCAAGAGACGUGUGAUUCAUUCAGCGACACAAAUCUGGUGUCAAUCAAGUAUUAAAAAUGGAGAACACAUCGUAUGGGAUAAAUGUGGCCAAUCGGUAUGAUCUUUUUUCAAUCGAUGAUGAGGGAGAUGAUCCUUUUGAAACUGUAACUCGAAAAAUUCAAAAAAAUCAGAAGAAAAACCAGACCAACCCUUCCACAAAUGCUGAUAAUGCUGCUUCAAAACCAAUUACAAAGAAGGUAAAAAACGCGGAGAAGGAAAACAAGACUACGCAAAACAAGGUUAUUAAUAACGAAAAUCGACAUCCAGAAAAACAUGAUGAAUUGAAGAGUUCUGCUGCAAUUAAUAACGCUAAUUUACAUAAUCAACGUGGUGAAAAGCAUGGCAUUAAGGAGACCCAAAAAGAUAACAUUCGCACAACACGUGAAGACGGCAACAAAAAUGGCUACCCAGGAAAAAACGCCGAAAGACGACAAAUUAAUAAGAGCAACUUUUCCGGUACUGAAAAUCGUGAGGAAAAAAAUAACCGUAAGAAUCGUGAAGUAAGUAAUGAUGAAAAUGGCCCUCGAAAAUCACAACCUGGAAACAAACGUUUCGAUGUUCGCGGUAAACGAGAAUUUGAUCGUCAGUCUGGAUCUAAUAAAACUGGCGUUAAAGCUGUCGAAAAACGUGAUGGAACAGGAUCACACAAUUGGGGUAGUGCGAAAUUAGAUGCAAAGGAGUAUAACAAUUUCCAGGAAGACUAUAUGCCACAUGAUACGGAAGAAGAAAAAGCGCCAGCUUCUGAGCAAACUAAAGAAGAACAAACUGAGCAAACUGAAGCUAAACCUGUUGAAGAAGAGCUUAAGGAAAUGACAUUAGAUGAAUGGAAAGCUCAAAUCGCUGCUGCAAGGUCAAAACCUCAAUACAAUUUGAGAAAAGCAGGAGAGGGUGAAAAUGCAGCUCAAUGGGACAAGAUGAUAGCACUAGACAAGAAGACUACCGAAGUAAGAGCAGAAGAAGAAAAUGAGAUUCAGAAAACUGGCAAGCAAAAGCAAGUCCUUGAAAUUGAAUUUCAUUUUAAUGAUGGAAGACGUGGAGGAUUAAUGGGACGUCCGAGAGGACGAGGUGGAAAAGGUACACCGAGAAAUCCAGGAAGACGUGAAGGAGAAAAAAAAGAAACUAAUGAAAUACGCGAAAUUGAACCAGAGAAAAGAGACCGGCGCACUCGUCCACCACAGCCACAAGCUGAUGGAAACUUCAAACCUAAACAAAGUUCGCGUUUCAAUAAAAGCUCUGCUCCGAAAGUUGAUGAUGAGCAUGACUUUCCUUCGUUAGGUUAAAAGUUGCCCCCUUAGUUGCAGCAUUGUAUUGGUGAGGUUUUUUACGAUUCAUUUCGUAAACACUUGCUUAAUUUCUAACCAGUAGGUUUGUUUACUGAAAUAUUCAAAAAAUAAAUGAAAAUUGUGAGAAUAAUUCAUAUUUCGAUCUAUAAUGCUGUAACAUGUAACGAAAGAAACCUUCAAAGAAAAAAAAAUAAAAUACUAAGUACAUAAAA